GCCCCGCCCCGCCCCCGGGCGGUGCCGCUGCGCGCGGUCAUGGCGACGGCCUGCGCCGAGAUGGAGCCGGUGGCCGCGCCUCCCGCCGCCGCGCCGAGCUCAGCCGAGCUGGUGUGCGCGCAGGGCCGCAACCUGAAGGCGGUGCUGUGCCAGCGCUGCGGGUCGCGGGUGCUGCUGCCCGGCGCCGCCACAUUCGCCCAUCGCGAGCUCCUCCUGCCCGCCAUGAGGAAGAAGGCGUCAUCGGGUGGCAGCGAGGCCGGGGAGCUGCUGCGGGAGCACUGGCUGGUGCGCGACAUGUUCUCCUUCGAGAAUGUGGGCUUCACCCGCGAUGUGGGCAACGUGAAGUUCCUGGUGUGCGCAGACUGCGAGGCGGGGCCCAUCGGCUGGCACUGCCUGGAUGACAAGGACAGCUUCUACGUGGCACUGGAGCGCGUGGCGCACGAGUGACACUGGUGCUGCACUCAGAUCCCGACACCCCUCAUCUGGCUCCCUGCUGCGGCGCCUGUGGGCUUGGCCAGCCUGCAGGCCAACAGCUGCCCCGCUGCCCCACAGCCCGGCCUGAGGCUCCCACAGCCUGUCUGGUGACUCCACAGCCCGGCUUGAGGCUCCCACAGCCUGGCUGGUGACUUCACAGCCCGGCUUGAGGCUCCCACAGCCUUGCUGGUGACCCCACAGCCCGGCUUGAGGCUCCCACAGCCUGGCUGGUGACCCCACAGCCCGGCUUGAGGCUCCCACAGCCUGGCUGGUGACUCCACAGCCCGGCUUGAGGCUCCCACAGCCUGGCUGGUGACUCCACAGCCCGGCUUGAGACUCCCACAGCCUGGCUGGUGACCCCACAGCCUGGCUUGAGGCUCCCACAGCCUGACUGGUGACUCCACAGCCCAGCAUGAGGCUCCCUGGGCCUGGCUGGCAGCUCCCAGCCCAGCUAGCGACCCCACAGCCCGGCUAGCAGCUUCCCUGGGCCCCAUUGGCAACCUCACAGCCUGACUGGUGACCCCACAGCUCAGCUUGUGGCUACCUGGCCUUGCUGGUGACCCCAAAGCCCGGCUGGUGGCUCCCCUGGCCUGGCUGGUGAGCCACAGCCCAGCUUGCCACCCACACUGAAAUCCAUGGACUGACCAGCACCAAGAAGUGCAGCACCGGCACAGCCGGCUCCUCGCCUGAGCCGCAUGGGAAGGACAUUGCUGGCAGGACUGUGGUCGGCUCACUGUCACAGUUUUGCCAAACCGCUUGAUCUGCCGCUGUCUGGCUGCUCUCUGUCACUUCUCCUUGGUGCGGGUGCUGGUUUUCCAGUCUGCUAAGGUGUCUGCUGUGCUGGGUUUGUGACACAGCCCUGUAAAUGUGGGUGCUGGCAGAAGGGUGAGGGAGGGCAGGGCCGCUUCAUGCAGUCAUCGUGGCAGCUGAAGUCGACUGAGCUCCAGCCCAAGCAGGCGGAGGGCUGAGGCUCUAUCUUCUGCUGAUGUUCAGAAGAAAUGUCCCCCACCCCAAGCCCUAACAGACCUCAUCCUGCUCGACAGCUGUAUACAGCACCCAAAGUGUGUGUAAGGCAUUUUAACUAACGUUGUAAGCAGUUUAUUAACUGAGCACUUGGAAAUAAAGUGCAAUACAGGUAGAGUUUGCGGACAGCAUAGGCUGAUAGAGCAGCAAAGAAAGAAAAUGUGCAAGAUCAUAGUAUUUCCAGGUGGCAAGAAUGAGAUUCCAACCUGGAAAGGAUUUGAAACAUUGGAGAAGCAGUGUCCAGUGCCUGCAUGUCUGUGCUGAAGAAUGUCGAAGCAGCUGUGUGUGCAUUAAACAGAGAAGUCGGGUAGGAAUUCUUCUUCUCUAAAGGCAACUGGGAUAUUGUGUCAGGUUUUGGUCUCUGCCUUUUAAUAGAUGAGCACAAAGCUGACUGAAAAUUGAAGGAGGCUGCAGCAGCCAUGUUCUCACUGUAUUUAUGUUUUGGUAAUUGUGGUCCAGUUUGCAUUCUCCAUUUGCAAACCCCUGUGUGAAUGAUACAGCAGCUUUCCAGCGACCGUCUCGGGUCGUAGGACAUGCCUUCCCACAGAAGGUGAUCUCUGUGCUCUGCUAAUAAACA